AUGGGGUUCCUAUUCCAUGUGAUUGAAUUACCAAAAUUGGCAUUCUUAUGGAGAUAUCUGAAAUUAAUGGUGAUUGUUUUCCUUACUCGGCUGGGUCUCUGCAAACCUCCCCCUGAAGAAGACGACGCGGAUUCAAGCUACAACCCCAAUAGUUACAUCCUUCUAUUAGACGGCACUUGCCCUUCCCUUGUCACCGUUCCAAUCGAGGUCGCCACCGCCGCCGUCAAGCUCAAAGUCCCCAUACUCCUCUACAGCGAUUACCUCCUCUGCCGCCGCCGGAAAUGCGGCCAAUCAGUGAAGGGAUGCUCGAUCUGCCUUGAAUCCAUGGAGCUAGAUGAGGAGGUCAGAGAGCUCAUCACCUGCAGCCAUGUCUUCCACAGGGGAUGCCUUGAUACUUGGGUGAACGAUGGACACGUUACCUGCCCCUUGUGCAGAUCUAUGUUGCUACCCCCUAAGUUGACCUCUUUCCGAUCUAGUUCUCUAAAUCCAUCCAUUACUAAUUCUAGUUAG